ACUCUAUAAGGAAGUGAGUGAGUGUUUCAGGCCUUCCUCCCUCACCAAAUCUCUUCCUCUCCUUCUCUCCAACUGCGAAAAGUCCUCUCAGCCUCAAACUCCUGCAAGAAUGCUCCCCUUCCAGGCAGCUCCAGGCCAGUUCGGUCCAGAGGUGAGGGAACCGGGGCUGCGGUGCUGGAGGGUGGAGAAGAUGAAGGCCGUGGCGCUGGACCCCUCUGAGGUGGGAGCUUUCUUUAAUGGAGAUUCCUACCUGGUGCUGGAGAACCGAGGAGAUCAGGGAGCAGAUCUGCACAUGUGGCUCGGAGAGAAGUCGUCUCGUGAUGAGCAGGUUGCGUGUGCCAUGCUUGCCACCCAGCUGGAUAAUUUCCUGGGUGGAGAGCCAGUCCAGCACAGGCAGGUGCAGGGCUACGAGUCGCCCGAGUUCAUGAACCUCUUCCCCAGAGGAAUCAGCUAUAAGGAGGGUGGAGUGGAGUCUGGGUUCAGGAGAUCUCAGUCCGGUUCUGGUCCGGUUCAAAGGUUGUAUCACAUCAAAGGGAAGAAGAACAUCAGAGCGAAAGAGGUGGAGCUGAGCUGGGACAGCUUCAACAAGGGAGACUGCUUCAUCCUCGACCUGGGAGAGACGAUCGUGUCCUGGGUCGGCUCUCAGGCCAACAUCUUUGAGAAGCAGAAAGUGCGAGAGAUCUCCACUCUGAUCAGAGACACAGAGAGACACGGGAAAGCUCAGAUCACCCACAUCAACGAGGGGGAGGAGACCGCGGAGAUGCUGAAGGUGCUCGGUCCGGUGCCAGCGCUUAAAGAGAGCUCCCCUGAAGACGACAGCCAAGCGGACGUUUCCAACUCUGCGUCUCUCUACAAGGUUUCAGAUGCUACAGGCUCUAUGAAGCUCACCAAAGUCUCCGAAAAAAAACCAAUUGCCAAGGACCUGCUCUUACGCGAUGACUGCUUCAUCCUGGACAACGGGGCCAACGGCAAGAUCUUUGUUUGGAAAGGCAGUGGAGCAAAUGCAGAGGAGAAGAGGGAAGCUCUGAAAAUGGCCGAUGAAUUCAUACAAAAAAUGAAUUAUCCUAAGAUGAAAACUCAGGUGGAGAUCCUCCCACAGGGCCGAGAGACCGUGAUGUUCAAGCAGUUCUUCCAAAACUGGAACUGAGCGUUUUUUAAAUAUGAAUUAUGUGGAUUUCAGGGUACUGUCAGAUGCACAGUUGAUAAAGAAAGAAGACCUGCUCUUUUUAUCAGAACAUCAAUAUGACUCAUAAUGACAUGAUUUUGUUACUAAAAUACUUCAUUUAAUUCCAGCAUGGUUCAAAGAUGUGCGUAAAAAAACGGAGAACCGUGAUUAAUAUUAGCCAUGAUUAGCACAGCACUUAGACUAGCUGUUUAUUAUUAUUAUUGUGUAUUGUGGAGAUAAACUGGAGAAAGCUGGUUGAGGGAAAAAAAAAACAGGGACCAAAUUCUUCCUCAUUUGUGCACGACUAAACCUGAAUCAGUUACAUCAUAUCCUAAAGCAACUGCCACUCUUAGAGAUGAGAAUGAUAUAUAUCUAUGUUAUGUAACAGUGUUCAGGCCAAGAUUACAUUUAACAAAGCUUAUGGACAGUUCUGUUUUUUACUCAUUUUGUUUGUUAAUAGUCCAUUUACUGUACUAAGAGCAAAGCAAUAAAAAUCCUAUUGAAACUAGAUAAAAAA